UACAAUUUUAUCUCCGUGGACCUUCGAACAUUUCGAGAAUCAAAUGGACUCGCGUCAAUGAUCUCGUGCUGGAUUAGGUUCUGGCACCGAGAGCUCUUCGUGGGAGUGCUUAAGUACCGUGUCAACUUGCCCCUCACAAGCAGCCUACACUCGCUUCGAGUCCUCCCGCGUUUGGCAAGGCGCGAUGUUCUCGUUUCUGGCACAUCGUAAGGCUUGCGCUGCCAAGCAACAAGAACGCAAGGAACGCAUCGAGAGUCUUGCGUCGGUCUACCACGCCCCGCUGAGCUCGGAAGAUAAGGGUAUCCUAGCACAACCAGCGUACCAGAUCGUUGCGAACGUCCAAAGUGGAUCCCUGAACCCGUCCGACGUCCUCGUCGCGUACGGAAAGAAGGCGUUCAAGGCCCACGCAGCGACGAAUUGCCUGACGGAGAUCCUCAUUCCCAGCGCGGAGGAAUGGGCGAAGUCGUGCAACAUGCAGGGCCCGCUCGCGGGCAUGCCCGUCAGCCUGAAGGACACGUCCGCCAUCCCCGGCUACGACUCGUGCAUGGGCUACUCCGCGUGGGUGGGCAAGCCCAUGCAGAAGAUGUCCGCGCUCGUGCGCCUCCUUCGGGACGCCGGCGCCGUGCCGUUCGUGAAGACGAACGUCCCGAUCACGCUACUGUCUCUGGAGUGCUCGAACGAUGUUUUUGGGACGACGACAAAUGUAUGGAACAAGAAGUAUACCCCCGGUGGGUCGACUGGUGGUGAAGCCGUUCUCCUCUCCUAUGGAGCCUCGCGUCUUGGUAUUGGUACGGACGUCGCAGGCUCUGUCCGCGCUCCAGCACAUUAUUCGGGCAUCUACACUAUCAAGGCCUCGAUGCAUCGGUUCCUGAAAACGGGAAAUCCUACGAGUAUGCCGGGACAGGAAGGCAUCCCGGCAGUAUACUCGCCCAUGACGCGCACCCUCGAGGACCUGGAGAUGUUCUGGAGGGCGAUCAUGAGCAUGCAACCAUGGGAAUACGAUCAUUCGGUGUUACACAUACCUUGGCGGGAAGUGAAUUUGGCCGAGUCAAAACCCAUCCGAUGGGGUGUGUUGUGGGACGAUGGCGUGGUAACGCCAUCUCCUGCUUGUCGGCGUGCCCUGCAAGAGGUGGUUUCCGUCCUUGAAUCCAAUGGUCAUGAAGUAUCCACAAUCCAAGAUGCACCGAGUCCAUACGAAGGUCUCAAGAUCGCCUCACAAUUGCUGAUGGCCGACGGAGCGAAGACUUGCAUGAUACCAAUGCGCGUGGGUGAGACGAACGACCCAGGUGUGCGGGAAGCUGCGGGGAUGUUCCGCGCGCCGCACUUCGUGCGCAAGCUCUACACCUGGUACCUGCGCUACAUCAAGAAAGACGAAAUCUAUGCCGGCCUCGUGGAGAACUGGUACGAGAAGACUGUGCCGGAGUAUCUGACCCUCGUGUCCCAACGAGAGGGCUAUCGCGAGCGGUGGUUCGAGUUCAUGCGCGCGAACUCGAUUGACUUCAUCCUGACGGUACCGAAUUCGCUGCCUGCUCCGCCGAUUGGUGGGAUGAAAGCGGGAUGGAAAGCGUGCGGGUACACGUUUCUCUGGAACAUCCUCGACUACUCCGCCGGGGUACUACCUGUGACACACGUCGAUGCCGCUCUCGACGCACUCGGUCGGUUCAAGCCUAAGAAUGCGAUAGAGGCCGGGCAAUACGAGAUGUAUAAUGCGCAGCAGAUGCACGGGCUACCUGUUGGUGUGCAGGUUGUCGGAAAACGUCUCGAAGAGGAGAAGGUGCUCGAAGGAAUGAAGGUUAUCGAGAGUUUGUUGAGGAAGGAGGGGAAAGCCUAUGUCCUGUUUGAAUCAGACGAUUAGAUAGAACCCAACUCGUUUCGAGUUCUGUUCUGCAGAUAUGGGCCAUUGGUGCUGUUCAGUGUUCACCGACGCGAUCAUCAUCCUGGUAACUUGAGAGUUCAUUAAUCAUUCAC